AUGUUACAUUCUGGUUUGGUAUCUGUAACAGAAUCUGAGUUCGUGAAGCUUCUACACUUUUACAUCAAAGCAUUGAAGUCUUAUCAUUUUGUCACGUUUGUUUCAUUUACUCAAAUCAGAAAAAAGCCUUUUCUCAUGAAUAGAACAAACAAAUGUAUGAAGUUACAUAACCAAAUUCCUGAUCAGAUCACCAUGAAGAAUGUGACACAUAUCAAAUCAGGAAUGGGUGUAAGUUUAAAUUUCAAUCAUCUUCAAGUUCAUCUUGGAAAACCUUAA